AUGAAAAAUGGAUUGCAGUGCUUCUUCAGAGAGAAUGAACUUACAUUGUCAAAGAUUGAUGACAUACUUCUAUCACGUGUCUGCUCAGAAACUGCUGAUGGACUCCCAAGAUCAGAUGAAGCUGCUAGUGCUUCUUCAAUGAAGUUCAAUUAUAUUUAUGUUCCAAUUGUUGAUACUGUUAUCAAUAUAUCUGAUGUUCUUUUGCGACCAUGUUGCUCGAAAGUGUGUGACUCGGUGAAGGAAGCUGUAUUAAACCCUGGUGAGCUUUUGGUGGUUUAUAUUUGUGAGUUGCCAGAGAUCAAAGGGAAGUUCGAUCCAGUUAAGGCUGCUAAAUUUAAGGUGGAACCUGGGCCAAAAUAUGCUGAAAUAUUCUCUGUGCUUCGCUUGCAGGGUAAUGUUGUGCUGGUUCAUCCUUGUCAAGUUAUGGAGCCUUCUAUUCCCGGUCCUAUUGUGCUGCUCCUUGUUGACUGCUCAACACUCUCUCAUCUGCAAGAAUUGUCAUCUUUAGAGUCACUUAUUCCGUAUUACUUGAAUACAUCUGAACAACCCAUUGAAAUGUGCAAAAAAGUAAAUUGUUUGAUACACCUUAGCCAUACAUAUGUAACAAAUACAACUGCAUAUGAGCAAUGGACGACUAAAUUUGGUGAAGCCCAGCGCAUAAUGGCAGGACAUGAGCCGAAGAAUAUUGAGAUUCCAAUUCUGAAUUCCAGUUCAAGAGUUGUUGCAAAACUUAACUACCUGUGCCCUCAAGUCUUUCCUACUCCUGAUUUUUGUCCCUUAAGCAGUUGCAGAGCCUACCAUCAGUCUCAAAGUUCCGGAGGGAGUUGUCUCUUCCAGCUUCAUUUAAAUCUUCUUCCAUAUAAAGAUCUUGGAUUAGAAAAUUCUGGUGUUCCUGCUACUAUUUCUCAGACAGAAAUCAUAGAUGAGCACUAG